UGUAAUUAAACUUUGGUUUGUUUGCAAAUUUGCAUGCACAUAUUUGCACGAUGAUGUUUUGUGACACUGCUGUGUCAAAGUACACAAUCUACAAAUAGCCUUUUACUGGCAGGAGGAACCUGUGACAAGUGUGUGUGUGUGUGUUCUUCCACAGUAUAACAAACAACAUUUUUCAUUGUUUAAGAGCUGGGAUCCACUCAACUGAAUUUGACAAACCACUCACCAUGUCCCGUGAUUCAGACCCUUACAUCUUUACCACCGACACCCUUCCCUCUGACCACCGUUUCCUCCCUCCACUGGCCAACGGGCUCCUGGGAUGGAGGGUGUACAACAGUAUCAUGCACAUGGGUGGCGUGUACAACGGCGAGGGUGGACGAUGUCACCGAGCAGACGUCCCCUGUCCACUGGCCGUGAAGGUUGAGACAGAGGAACCAGCCCAGCACACCUACGGCCUGGACACCCACACAGGUGUUUUUACGCACACCGCGAGCUCGGCGAGCGUGACCUUCUCACAGUCUUUGUAUUCACACCGAUAUUACCCCAACCUGAUGGUGAUGGAGGUCAUGUUGGUGCGUCAGGUGACUUCAGAGGAGCCAAUCACCGUUAAGCUGGUCAGUUCAUUCAAGCCUCAGAGCAAAGACAUUGUUUUUGAGUCUGGUCCUGAUUACAAAGGAGGAAGUCAUAUCAAAGGAAAGACAAACAGUGCUGAGUUCCCAGGAGGUUCCUGUCCCAUGGUGCACCUUAUCUGGACCCCCAUACCCUCCACUCUGACACUAACUCCGGAACAAAGCCAGAGCCGCUGGGGCUUCAUCCUGAUCGCUGCCAACAGUUUGGACACUGCUGAGUCCGCUUUUGAUGAAGGCCUGAAUCUGAUGACGUCUGGUGACCUGCGUCCGUCCCACGAGAAGGCCUGGAAAGAACUGUGGCUGCAGAGCAAGGUGGAGACGACCGGGUCAGAGAGCCUCUGCAAGGCUCUGAUCGGCUGCAUGUUCUACCUCCUCAGCGCCUUCCCCUCCAUACACGACACCUCUAGCUCUUUUGGUGGAGUCAGUCCAGGCGGGCUGUCUAAUGGUGGGGACGGUCAGGACUACUGGGGCCACGUUUUCUGGGACCAGGACAUUUGGAUGUAUCCCGGCAUAGCCCUUUUCUACCCCAGGCUAGCCCGAUCUGUGCUGGAGUACAGGGUGGGGACGAUAGAUGGAGCAAAAGACAACGCCCAAAAGCAGGGCUACAAGGUAUGA